AGCUUUAAUAAGUGGGUUCGGAUAAAACUAGGAAGUCACUGCAAAAGAUAUCAACACGAGUCAGCAGAUGGCGUUCAAAACUUUUUUUUUAUUUUUACCUAAACUAUAAAGAUACCAAUAGUGAUUUUUACUAGUCAGUUUGGAUACAAAGUUGAUCUACCAACAUAGGGGAAAAAAAUGUCAGCCUUUAGCACAGCAGAUGAGACGGUCAUCCAUAGACAAAUUGAUGCCCCUCUGCAUUCAUCCACAGAGGGGAGUGUUAUAGAGACGGUAUACGAAAUCGGAAGAUGUGCCAACUGGAUAAAUAGUCACUGUUAUGAGAAGGUUGCACUCCAGUUUCCAGAUGAGAUCAUGAGAGAUGCCACUCAAGUUGCUGAAAGAUUAGAAAAAGCAACCAGUAAAAAAAUAGCAGUUUUGGGGGACACUUCGUAUGGAAGUUGUUGUGUGGAUGAAGUGGCAGCAGAACACUUUAAAGCAGACAGCAUCAUUCACUUUGGUCAUGCAUGCUUGAGUCCCACCAAUCGCCUUCCAGUCCUCUACAUAUUUGGUCAUAAGGAGAUCGAUGUACCAGAUUGUGUGGAGAAGUUUAACAGUUUGUAUUCAGCAGAAGAUAAUGUGGUUCUGAUAUAUGAAACAGAAUAUGACUAUGUUGCAGAUACACUAUCUAACCAACUGACUUCAGCUUUCAAGAAUCUGACAUUGUCGAGGUUAGAUGUUCCAGUCUCAGUAGACACUAGUGUUGGUCAAGAGAUCAAUGCUGCAUCACAUAGCACAGACUGUGUAGGAUUUCAGAGUCCUAGGACAGCAUUCCGGAAGUGUGGGAGAUUAUUCCCCAACAUGUGUGAACAGGACUUUGAUGAAUCCAGGAAAAUAUUUUAUAUUGGGGAGGAGAGUUUGGCAUUAUCAAACUUAAUGAUGACAUUCAACAAGUGUUCGUUCUGUUGUUAUAAUCCAUCCAGAAUGGAAGUCGUCAAAGAAAAUGUCAGGAGCAACAAGGCAUUGAUGAAGCGCUUUCACAUGGUAGAGAAGGCGAAAGAUGCCAGGAUUGUGGGUAUAGUGGCAGGCACAUUGGGAGUGGUAAACUACUUAAACAUCAUCAACAGGCUCAAGGAUAUGAUUAAGAGAGCCGGGAAGAAGAGCUAUACUUUUGUGGUGGGCAAGCUUAAUGUUCCCAAAUUGGCCAACUUUAUGGAGAUUGAUGUGUUUGUUUUGGUGGCAUGUCCUGAUAACAGCCUCCUAGACAGUUCAGAAUUCUAUAAGCCUGUUGUGACACCAUUUGAGAUGGAACUUGCCUGUAACAGUAAUUUUGAAUGGGAUGGGAGUUAUGUCACAAACUUUACUGAUCUAUUACCAGGAGGGUCAUCUUAUCGAGAGCUGGUGGUUCCUGAUGAAGUGACAGAUGUAUCCCUCAUUACUGGAAAGAUGAGAACUAUUGGCUUAUCCAAAGACCAACCAGAGACUGUUUCCUCAGUUGUUCUCCGUAGUCAAGCUCUUAGUGUGUCCACACUACCAGCAGAGUCAGCAGGGGAGUACCUAUCAAACAGAUCCUGGCAAGGCUUGGAUCAACAGCUGGGAGAGACCCUGGUGGUGGACGCAGUGGAGGGCCAGUUUGGAAUAGCUGCCGAAUACAUAGAAAAACCUACAAAUAAAGACUAGAAAAACCUUCGAAUAAAGACUAGAAAAUUGU